AAGGACUUGUUUUUCAAGCUGCAGUGUUUGGGAACCUGCCAGAUUACUGGUGAGCAGUAGCGAUCCUUGUCCCCUGAUAAACACCAUAGCAAGAAAAUAUAUCUCCCAGCCGAGCCUUCUCUUCACAGUGCAACGAGUGAACAAUCAGAGCUCAGAAAUUGGACUCUAACCUGCCUGAUUGCAGCAAAACUCCUUGGAAGCAAAACAAAAACCAGUUCUUGAAAAGACUGGUUCUUUUGCAAAGUUCAUAAACCCUUUACUUGUCCACCAGUGGAUUUUCAGAAAAACGCAGCUGAAAAAGAUUUUGAAAGUUGAGAAAUGGAAAGUGCGGAGGCCUUUCGAAGCAUGUUUUGGCUCAAUCUCCAGGCAUUCCUGAUAUUCCUGGCUGUCUUCUUCCUCGUGACUGUGGUAAUCCGGAGGAGAAGGACUAGCAAUCUCCCUCCAGGGCCCUCUGCCUUCUCUCUCGUUGGAAACAUCUUCUACCCCGACCAGUCUGCUCGACAUGAGCUCUCCCGGAAAUAUGGGAACAUUUUUACGACACAUAUCCUGUGGAUACCGAUCAUUAUUCUGAACGGCUUCCAGACUAUCCAGGAGGCACUGACCCAGCAUGGCACAGAAUUCGCUGGGCGACCGUACAUGCAUAUCACUGACCUUUUGUCAAAAGGUCAAGGUAUUAUAACAGCCCCCUAUGGCAGGUCCUGGAAACAGCAGCGUUGGGUCACCCUGACUGUUUUGAGAAACUUUGGCUUAGGACAAUUUGCCUUUGAGGACAAAAUAUUGGAAGAGGCCCAUUAUUUGGCUGCAGCUUUUAGAGAAUCUGAGGGGUCUUCCUUUGAUCCUCAAGCCAUCAUCACCAGUGCUGUUUCCAAUGUGAUCUGCAAAGUCACCUUCGGCAAGCGUUUCCAUUACGAGGACAGGACAUUCAAGAGACUUGUUGCAUUGUUUGAUGAGGCCCUGAAGCUUCAGGCAGGAUUCUGGGCAAUGGUGUGUUGUGCAAUCCCCAACAUGAAUCGUUUCCCAGGGCCUCAUCAGAGAAUCUUUAAAAACAAGGCUGAAAUUGAAGCUAUUCUCCAGGAUUUCAUCCAACAGCACAAAGACUCACUGGAUGGUGAAGAGAUCCGGGAUUUCAUCGAUGCCUACCUGCUGGAAAUGGAAAAGGAGCGUAACUUCCCUGGUUCGUGUUUGCUGGAUGGAAACCUGUUGUAUAAUACUUACGAUUUAUUUCUGGCUGGUACUGAGACAACAACGACCACACUCCGCUGGGCUUUUCUGUAUAUGAUGGCUUAUCCAGAUAUACAAGAGAAGUGUCAGAAGGAGAUCGACCAGGUGAUUGGCAGCUCCCGUGCCCCAUCUUUGAGCAAUAGGCCCGACAUGCCAUAUGUUAACGCUGUCAUUCACGAGAUCCAAAGAUUUGGCAACAUUCUUCCGUUUGCAGUCAGUCAUGCUACAACACAAGACACUGAAUUUAUGGGAUACACAUUGAAAAAGGGCACUGUUGUUUUAAUAAACCUGUCAUCAGUCUUGCUUGAGGAGAGCCAAUGGAAGCAUCCAAACCAGUUCAACCCCGAGAACUUUCUGAAUGAAAAAGGAGAGUUUUUCAAACCAGACGCGUUCAUCCCUUUCUCAAUGGGUUUGCGAGCGUGCCUUGGGGAGAAACUAGCCAAAAUGGAGCUCUUCCUGUUCUUCACCUCGCUGCUUCAGAAGUUUGAGUUUCAUUGGCCUGAUAAAACCACACCCCCAGACCUCAAAGGCUUGUUCAAAAUCGUGAUGACGCCACGACCAUAUAAGUUGCAGCUAAGGAGCAGGAAGGUACAGAAUGAUGACCCGUGAGCUGCAAUGAUGUGGAUUUCUCUUCAGAGAAGGCUUGUGAUUCGAAGACUGCUGGCUACUGGUGCUCUAAGAAUGUUUACAAAAACAAGAAGGACUUGCAUUGAUGUAGCACCUUUUGAGCCUACAGAAUGUCCUACAGCACUUGCAAGGCAAUGAAGUAUUUUUGAAGAUGGUCUAGCAAACAUGCAAAAGAGGAGCAUGGGAUUUUUAGUUCAAGGGAGCAAACCUUGCCUUGGCAUUAACAUAGAAUCAGGAAGACAAUACAGCAGGCCUCCAGCAAUGCAAAGUAAUUGCAGCUUCAAAUUCUCUACCAGGACCCGAAGCUCUGCUGUUCCGGCUCGGCACCAACGGCAUUAACCACAGUAGCUGAAGCACAAACGUUUCUUCGGUUUCAGCUCCCAUGCCUCCAGAAGGGAGCAACAAACGAUCACAGUUCAGGAGCUUGCAGGAGAGGGAUCUAACUGAAGCAUUGCUUUACUUUGCAUAUGUAAGGCAUGGCGGCACAUAUCAAAAUUGGCUCAUCAAAGGCCAGUUAUUGUGACUGGCUCUGAAACAUUUACUCCUCCACUCUCGCUGAGCAUAAGCAGUUGCACUGUUCCCUGGCGCUGCAUUCUGAUAUCCUAGAACGCGUCUCCCUCUGCUGGCUCAGGACAGAUGUAACACUGAUAGCCAUCUCUCAGUGGCAAAACCAAAGUUUUCCCUCAUUCUUCAGCCUCUGGGGACUGAAUAUGAGGUUUUUGUUUUUAAGUGGAAAUACUGAAGGACUGACCUUGGAUAUAUUAACAAGCCUAGCCUGAUAUAGGACCCUAUACAAUAAGGAACAUACUACUCAGCUAGACAAGAAGCUGGAGAGGGUUCAGAGGAGAUUUACCAGGAUGUUGCUGGGCAUGGAAAGUUUGAGUUAUAAAGAAAGGCUGGAUAGGUUGGGACAUUUUUCCACUG